AUGGUGGCAGAUGACUUCAAUGUCAUCUCCAAAUCUAGUGAACGGUCCGGGGGGGCCCCUCCCAAUGAACGCAACAUGGAGGAGUUUAAUGAUACAAUGUUUAGCUGUGGAUUGGUGGAAGUUGACUUCGAUGGUUCGCCUUUUACUUGGACGAACGAAACUAUGUGGCAAUGCCUUGACAGGUCACUUGUCAAUGAAGCUUGGUCGAAUAUGUUCGGGGUAACUAAAAUGUCUCACUUGGUCUGGGGAAGGUCAAAUCAUGUCCCGUUGCUGAUCAGGAGUGGACAAAGGCCUAAGCAGGGUUCUGCAUUCCGCUUUCUCAAUAUCUGGGGAAAGCGCCCAAUUUUUUUGGAAACGUGGAAUUCUCAAUGUUUUGGUAAUAUCUCACAAGCGGUGCAGCAGGCCGAGGAGAAGCUGCGACAAUGCGAGUCCGAGUUUCAACUGCGACGAGAUGACAUUUCGAAAUCCAAGCUAGGGGAAGAACGGGCAGCAUUUACAAGGGCUUUGGCUGUAGAGAGUGAAUUUUAG